GUUUGAACUUGGCCACCGCCGCUGCCCGUAGCCGGCGUCUCAAACAUGGCGGCCACCCAAGAUGUCCACGUCCGAAUCUGCAACCAAGAGAUUGUCAAAUUCGACUUGGAGGUGAAGGCACUUAUCCAGGAUAUUCGGGAUUGCCCGGGACCACUAGGCGCACUCACUGAGCUGAACACUAGCGUGAAGGAGAAGUUCCGAGAGCUGCGGCACCGGAUACAGGAGCUGGAGCAGUUGGCCAAAGAGCAAGACAAAGAGUCGGAGAAGCAGGCGCUGCUGCAAGAGGUGGAGAACCACAAGAAGCAGAUGCUCAGCAACCAGACGUCCUGGAGGAAAGCGAAUCUCACUUGCAAAAUCGCAAUCGACAACCUGGAGAAGGCAGAACUUCUCCAGGGAGGGGACCCCUUGAGGCAAAGGAAAACCACCAAGGAGAGCCUGGCCCAGACGUCCAGCAACAUCACAGAGAGCCUCAUGGGGAUCAGCAGGAUGAUGUCCCAGCAGGUGCAGCAGAGCGAGGAGGCCAUGCAGUCGCUAGUCAACUCUUCCCGGACUAUCCUGGACGCCAAUGAGGAGUUCAAGUCCAUGUCGGGGACCAUCCAGCUGGGACGGAAGCUCAUCACGAAGUAUAAUCGCCGAGAACUGACGGACAAACUUCUUAUUUUCCUCGCUUUGGCCCUUUUCCUUGCGACGGUUCUCUAUAUUAUAAAAAAGCGGCUCUUCCCGUUUUUGUAGGGCCUGAGAGCCGCCGGCACGUGCCUUCUGUGCUCCAGUGUCGGCAUCCGGCCACGCUCCUGAACGCAGGCCCCGGCUGCCCACCGCCCGCCUCCCCCAGGCAGCUCCAGUUGCCGGGAGGUCGGUGGAGACGGGCCGCAAGCUGUUGCCUGCGGCCACCCUGACAGGGCCAGAGGAGCCAGAGGAGGCCCAUCGUCGGGGUGCCUGUGGGGACACAGGGCCUCCGGGAGCCGGCGUGCACCGCAGGGGUGGCUGUGCGGGGCACUCAGAGGCCACCCUCUGGUGUGGGAUGCGAUGUCCCUCCUCCCCCUCUCCGGCUGCCGCCGUCACGCCGGAUCUGGUGGAGGGGAGGGACAUGGGAGGAGGAGAAGGAGGAGGAUGAAAACUUGUGUCCAUUCCCUGAAUAAACUUGACUGUAUCUAACAGAG